AUGUCGUCACGCAGUAGUCCAGCUGUGCCUGCUUCGCGAAAGGUGGUGACCUAUGGCAAGCCUUCGCGCAAGCGUUUCAUGCGCGACGCGAUGCCCCUCCGAACUUCCGAAUCGUUUACUACGCAAUCCAGCCGUUCCGACCCUGCCGAAACUGCCGCAAAGCCAGCGAAACCGUCGUUGCCGAGAUCAACAUCAGACCCGUCGCCUAAAUAUCCCAUCGAACAUCGAUCAGAUGAAUCAAGUCGCAUAAAAGCUGGGAAAGCACCUGGGGCAGAGUCGCCCGAUGGGACAGAUUCUAAGAAACGAAAACGCCCGCAAGCUAUUAUUCCUGAGGCGAUCGAGGAGGAACCAUUGCCUGCGCGCCAAAAACAAACGAAACCUACGACGACACUCCCGCGAAGACCCUUGGGCGGGUCCCCAGAAAGAGACAGCAAAGCUGCACCUCCUCGGCGCUCGCCUGUCGCAAAGAGAAGCCCCAAAGAUGGAGCCAUUCGAUCCCGACCGUUGCCUCGAAGCAAAUCCGAUAUCCCAAUUGUGAAAACCAGCUCGGUUGCGGCGCCAACAAGCUCAAGGAAUCGCGAAUGUGAUGUGCCACGACCAAAGAAGCGAUUGAUUGAUGCCUUGGCUGCUCAACGGGCAGACAGUUCGGACUCAGAGGAUUCAUCCCCAGAGAUAGAGGAACCCAACCCUCCAUCACCCUUGAAUAGCGGGACAGGCAGUGGAGGAGCAACUCCAUCCCAGCAAUCACAGAAUACCUCUCAGAAUCAUUCUCAAGACUCUACGAUUUGGCCGAGGAGUCGCCCCGCAGUUGCGCUGAAAGGACGAAGAGUUAAGCAUACAUAUGGUCAAUCCAGGACAAUCCUGAGCGAAUCUUCUUCAAAGCUUAGUGAGCAUAGUAUGGCAGGUAUGAUGACUGCAGAACAAGAACUGGAGGCGCUCCUGGCCACACCUCCAGAACCUAGCAAUCCUGACCCUUUCGCCAUGGACGACGAUGAUGAUAUUGACGAAGAUGGAGAUAUUCGACCUGCAAUUAAGAGCGUGCAUGAGCUGCGGCGAGCUGGGGCAAAUAAUCGUUUCGCCGAUGAGAUGGAGGAUCUACUUGCUCGAAUAGGAACCCCAAGCAGCACUCCAUCUUCCUUGAGGAGGAGCGCAUUAUUAGAGCUUUCUCAGAAGCUGCAGCACAAAGAAUUCAUCAGCCAAUUUCGUGAUCAUGCAACACGCGACAAAGUUGCCGCAAACAUCGGCCAAGAGAAGGAUCUUAUCAGUGGUUUCGCUCUGUCGGCCGUUCUCGUCAUAUUUCUCAACUUCAGCCCUGCGGCCCACCUUCUACAACAACUGGUUGAUGAUGGCUUAGGAAAACUGCUUGGUGUCCUUUUACGGGCACCUGAAGAUAUCGAUGAGAUUGCUUCAGGCAAAAUGAGACUCUCUAAGACGACUAGAGCCUCUUUGAGCGAUGUCAAAGCCACGUUGAUGAAAAUGAGUAUCUGGCAGGGGCGCCGACUUGAAACCCUGUCGCCUCAGACACUUGCACUUCAAUUACUCAACAUUCUGUGCCAACGGAUCGAUGCGAUACACUCGUCUCUAGUUAUUAAGGAUAUCGAAAACGACCUUGAGUUCAUCGUUGGUUACUGUGUGGACGGAAACCCUAAAACAGAUGCAGUAUUUGCUCUUGUUGUAUCAAUACUGGAGUCACAGUCAGGGUUGGCGAUGAACGACGAGAAAGAAAUUUCAUGGGUUGCGCAGCAGACGCACCAGGUGGCUCGCCUCCUUGAAAACAGUCUACAACAAUGGCCAGAAAGGCUUGGUGACGUCGAGACAACAACACUCAAGCUGUCAAUCAACAUGUCCAAUACCACACAUGGAGCGGCGGCCUUUAGCGACAGGAACCUGUUGUCAAGUCUAUCAAAGUGUAUUCUGUUGGGUUUCAGAUCGGCCUUGGAUGCGUUGAGCACCCGGCGGCUGAAGGAAGAAACUUAUGACGGACUGCUUCUAGUGCUUGGUAUGGCUAUCAAUAUCCUAGAGCAUUGCGCGCCUGCGCGCGAUAAUAUGGCUGGCGAGCAACUGGAUGGCCUGGUGACAGUAUACCUGCAGAACCAGGCAUUAAUGCGAGAGGCCGACUCGGUAGAAAAGUCUAAGCUGGGUGUAGCAUUUGGCUAUCUUUCUGUCUUGCUGGGCUAUCUCUCUCUCGUAGACUCGACUCAGCAACGAUUUGCAGAGCAAGCAGGAAACGGAGGACUUUUGAGUCUCAUUGGAUCUAUCAAGGAGUUUAUUGGUAUGUACAGAUCUGUAGACAACAAGGUCACUGAGCUUGAAGGGCUCGUAAAUGACUUGCAACGACGGCGACGACAUUAG